AUGGCCGACACCGACACCGACAUGGUUGACGUGGAGGAUGUGAGCGAUAUAGACGAUGUGGAUUGUGCUUACCGACCGGCCGGCGGGGCGGGGUGGAGGCCGGCCGCGCCCGGGGAGCCCGGCCCCAGCGGGCUGGCAGGACCUGCGCACCCGGCGGCCGGCCCUGGAGGACCCGGCGGGCCCGCAGAGGACGGACAGGGAGCCCUGCGGACCGUGCGGGCCUUCAUAGUACUGGAGCAGCGACGACGAGCUAGAAGCGACUUCUCCAUCGACGCCAUACUAGCGGCCGACUACUGA